UUUCCUCAGAAUUAAAAAACGGGACUUUGUAAGUCCUAGGUCCUAUGUGACAUUUAAUGUGCAACAUGUGGGCCAGUGGGGGAAGAUGGCAGUCCUUAGCGGAGCCACAAACUCGAUACACGACAUUCUGUUGAUGAGAAUCCAUGGGAGUUGGAUUAAACCGGUCUGUAUCCCGGAAAUUGUUUAGGAUUUGAGGUAAACGCUGCCGGGAGAUGCUGUCGCCGCAAGAGAAAACAAGCGUAGAACCAGAAAAAUAAAAUCACAGAAUCGAGGCCUAUCGUGACAGUUAGCUGGUGAUAGAAUGGAUGAAGACUGCAAUGGCCAUCCCUACAUGUCAGGCCUGUGUGGUGUGUCUGUCUGUGUGUGUGGACUGCAGGCAGUGGAGACUCUUCGGGGGAGUUUUCAGGGGCCGUGGGAGGUGGGACAGUGAGCACCCCCAACAGCCAGCACACUUCCCCCAGCCGUUCUCUUAGUGCUAACUCCAUCAAAGUGGAACUGUACAGUGACGAGGAGGUGGGCCGUGGCACAGGACCAGAGGAUGAGAAAGGGGACAUGGUGGAGGAGGGGGAUUCUGAGCAGGGAGGAGAGGCAGGAGGUGGCUACAGGGAGCUGGCCAGUCCGGAGCCCAUGUCACCAGGAGGUGCCACCCGGCUGCCCAAUGGGAAACUCAAGUGUGACGUCUGUGGGAUGAUCUGCAUUGGGCCCAAUGUCCUCAUGGUGCACAAACGCAGCCACACAGGUGAGCGGCCAUUCCAGUGCAAUCAGUGUGGGGCCUCCUUUACACAGAAGGGGAACCUGCUGCGUCACAUUAAACUGCACUCAGGGGAGAAGCCCUUUAAAUGUCCCUUCUGCAGCUAUGCAUGCCGCAGACGGGACGCUCUCACCGGCCACGUCCGCACUCACUCGGUGUCGUCUCCCACAGUGGGAAAGCCCUAUAAGUGUAGUUACUGUGGACGCAGCUACAAGCAGCAGAGCACCCUGGAAGAGCACCGCGAAUGCUGCCACAGCUACCUGCAGAGCCUGGAGACACAGAAGCCAGCCAGUGCUCACACUCAAGUAGAGGAGCUGAGGGACCUGGAGUUCAUGCCUGACAACCUGCUACAACCUUCCUCAGACAAGAUUACGUUCAUCGAUCGGCUGGCCAACAGCAUCACCAAACGCAAGAGAUUCACACCACAGAAAUUUGUAGGACAGAAGCACAUGCGCCACAGUCUAGCUGACACGCCUUUCGAGCUCAGCGCCGCCUUUGACAAGGACGGGGAGAAACACCACGGUCUGGACCAGCCACACUACACCGUCCUGGGAGGAGGCUACCUGGGGGUGCCAGGAGCUGGUGGAUCUGAAGGCCUCCAACCCCUAUGGCUGCCACCCCCUCACCCCUCCUGCCUGUCAGAGCUCCGGCCAGUCAUCAGCUCGGCUCACACCCCCAUGGCGCCGCUGGGGCCGAGGCUUGACUGCAUGGGGGCCGGGGCUGGCCUAGGGUCCACAGGAGUGGGGGGCAGGGAGGCUGCAGAGGGUCACGAGGACCUACCACUUGGCCGCAGCCACGCCCCUUCGCCUAGCAACGUUUGCCAGGACUCCACAGACACUGAGAGCAUGCCGGAUGAAGUGUUAAGCAAUGUGGCGCCUGCCCUGCCUCUCCACAACAACAAUCACCACCUCCACUCCAACCACCAACCACCCCCUCCGCCCCUACUGCACCACAGGGGUAGGGACAGACAUAGCCCAAGCCACGCCAGGGAGAGGGAAGAGGAUGGCAACUCUGCCACCCCCCCGGCCCCAGGCUCCCCCACCUCCAGGGAGGUGUUUCGAGUGGUGGACGGAGAGGGGCACGUGUUGCGCUCCUUCCGCUGCGAGCACUGCCGCGUGCUCUUCCUGGACCACGUCAUGUUCACCAUCCACAUGGGCUGCCACGGCUUCCGCCAGCCCUUUGAGUGCAACAUCUGUGGCCAUCGCAGCCAGGACCGCUACGAGUUCUCCUCGCACAUUGUCCGCGGGGAGCACCUGCUAGGCUGAGGGAUGGCUGGGCAGGCCUCUGUACUUAGGUUUUGUUUGUUUUUUUACUCUGAGAGAAGGGCCUGCUUGGGUUUGGUCUGCAUCACAAUAAGGGGUAGGGGUAGUACGAAACUGCUUUUAGUAAAUUAUUUGUGCGAAGGCGUUGAUACUGUUACCACAUAAACCUUGACUUCAAAUAGGCACAUUAGGUCAAUUGCAUCACUUUUAAAAAAGGAAAGAGAAUCCUCACCACUCUGAAUGCACUUUUCAAAAUGCAUGAAUUCUUAAUGAGAAAAUGCACUUUCAAAUAGAUUUUAUUCUGAAGUAAAGGGAGUGAAUGCACUUUUUUUUCUUUUCUCAAAGUGCCUUUCUCUGCUGUGGUCUACCUUUCCUCUCUUAUCCUGGUAAAAACGGGGUGCACAAAACAGCGAUGCUACCAUCUAGACAAUGUGAUUUAUAUGUGACAUUUUGAGUUGUUUCGUCGACUGCACUGUAAAUCAAUAUUUUAACCAAGAUAAAAACAAGAACAGUCAGGCUUCCUUGGAAUUUGUCAAAGCUCUAUUUGAAAAGCACUUAACGGAUCUAUUCCAUUCCGUAACACACCUAGUCCCUGGGGGUGUGGCAGACAGUGUAGAUGGUGUGGCAGACAGAUUGUGUGUAGAUGGUAUAUAUAUUACUGUUGGUCAUUUAUUUUAAUAAGUUGCGGUGCAGACUGGACCCAGGAUCCCAAGUUAAAUGUUCAGAAGAGAUUUGAGGGGUUGGCCUCAAUGAGGAGUGCACUUUUGAAUUUCAGUUUAUGUGUAUGUUUGUUAUUUUGGAAGUUAAAUGAGAGUUUUAGGCUUUUAGCAGUGUGAAUGUCGUGGAAUGGGGUGCAGUAUGUUUGUUUUGUUUCCUUUAAUUGCUUUUGUUGCACUGAGAUACCUGCCGAGAUCAUUUAUAUUUAAAGAAGAUUACAUUUAUGGCCUGCACCUUUCUCUGUGCAACAUGUUGAAAGAAAUAAAACGUUUUUAAAACUCAUUCCACAAAAGAAGAGAGCCACUGCCACUAUUUUGGAGUUGACGUCAACAAAGGGCUGGGAUGAGAUUUUUGGCCAUUUUAGGUCCUUGAUAUCCCACUGCUUUGUGUACUACAAAACAAACCUAAACAUUAUUAUUAUUUACAAGUGAGACUUAAAACAAUUGUAUAUUAAUUGUACUGUGCCUUUCAUGACGUUGACCUGGGGGACAUGUAUUAACAGCCUUGUCUUGCCAACAUAUAUCUUUAUGGAUGAGAAGAUGUAGUUAUUUUGAUGAUAUAACAUGAAAUAUCUUGUCUGCCCCUGCUAAGUAGCCUGCCCAUGCUGAAUGGAUUGCCCUUCACUCGUCACUUUGAUUUGCACAGUCACUCAUUUCUUAAGUAGCCUAAUCAUGUUGAUGUAAAUUGUAUUACAUCGUCCAAAAAGGAAAUAAACAUGUUUUAAAAAAGCACUCGGGCAUAUAAAAGAUUGUAAAAUAUUCUGUUGAUAAGUACAUGUCCAGAAGAUUGUCACCUGCUGCUAAGGCAUAAAUGAGUAGUGUGUGUGGUUGUCCACAGUCCUCUGUGGUUGAGAUUGAGUACGUGGUUCUUCCGAAGUGAUGUUGAAAUGCUUAUUCUUGUUCAAUGAUUUUCCUUUUUUCUCAUUGGACUUGUUUUUAUAGAGCACUGAUGUUGGUAAACAUUUUCCUUGGAAUCAUGACUCAUAGAUCCCUUUGGUCAACUUUGACUACCAAGAUGUAUAGUUUGUAUUUUAUUUUCCACAACAAUGCUUUGCUCAAAGGAACUUGAUGAAUACGCACUUGUGAAUUUAAAAAAAGCACUUACAUUGAGAGAUUAGGAAACUGAGGCUAAGGGGUCAGUUAGGUCCUGAUUGGUUUUGGCAGUUGCCUUACUUGUUUACCUAGCGUCUGCUAAAUGACUUAAAUGUAAAUGUAAUCUCUUUGUCUUCACAGUGAAUGAACUUGGAAGCCCGUGGGGUUUAUAGCUCUUGAUUAGGGCCCCAGAGUUUUCUAUGGUCAAGCAAAACUACUGGCCCUACUUAUGACACAGAUGAAGUAUGACAGACUGGAAAAUCUGCCAUGGGAUUUCUUUAUAAAAUAAAUGAAACUUUACCUCAUAAUUGCCUCUGGGGGGGGAUAACGGUUUGGUGAAUGUUUAUUUCUUUUGGUGGUUAAUUUGACCUUUUAUGUUUUGACAUCGACAGCUCUGUAUCUUCACUAUUUGAUAUUUUAAUACAUUUUACCAAAAAAAGAAGGAAUGUGGCUUUGAAGUGGAGUACAAGAAAAUAUCAGAAAAGAUCUUAAACUAUUUAAUUACAGGGCAUAGUUGCAUUAAUGUUAAUCUGUACUGCUGUUCUAAAUGUAAUGCCUUAUGAAUGGAUAUGUAAUUACUCUUCAAAUUAGAUCAUAUUUAGAAUGUAAAUAAAAAAUGGUUUGAUUAUUGAA